GCGACAAACAGAACUUUUCUUCCUCGUUGGGAAUCCUCGAGAGCACCGGGACGUGGACCACCCCAAGCGCGAGAGGGUGUUUGCGGACCUGCAGGCCCACAUUGCGCCGCUCAACCUCCAGGCAAGUAUAGCACAGGUGAGUUCGGGCCUCUCGGUCCGCCAGCACCCCAGCGGACCCAGACCUUAACUCUGAUCGCCAGCACCGUGGUCAGACUACAACUCCCGGCGGGCUUCGCGCGACCGGCCUGUAGUUCCCGACGGGCCCUGCGCGACCGGACCACAGUUCCCGGCGGACCCUGCGUGGAGGGCGCGCUCUCAGUGAGAUGAUGUCCGAGAUGAUGGUGGCGGUGGCCGCCGAGCGGAACAAGGAUCCUAUCCUGCGCGUGCUGCGCCAAUACUUGGACCCGGAGCAGCGCGGCGCCCGCGUGCUCGAGGUGGCCUCGGGCUCCGGCCAGCACGCCGCCCACUUCGCGCGCGCCUUCCCCUUGGCCGAGUGGCAGCCGUCCGAUGUGGACCAGCGCUGCCUGGACAGCAUCUCGGCCACCGUGCGGGCGCAGGGGCUGGCCAACGUGAAGGCGCCCCUGUACCUGGACGCGACCUGGAGCUGGGAGCGCUGGGGUGGCAUCGCGCCGCGCUCGUUGGACCUGCUGCUCUGCAUCAACUUGAUCCAUAUCAGCCCCCUGAGCUGCACCCAGGGGCUCUUCAAAGCUGCGGGACACCUGCUCAAACCAAAGGCACUGCUCAUCACCUAUGGGCCCUACGCCGUGGACGGAAAGAUCUCCCCUGAGAGCAACGUGGAGUUUGACAGGAGCCUCAAGUUCAGGAACCCGGAGUGGGGCCUGCGGGACACGGUCUUCCUGGAGGAGUUGGGCCGGGUCAGCGGGCUGCUCCUGGAGCGGAUGGUGGAUAUGCCAGCCAACAAUAAGUGCCUGAUUUUCCGAAAGGAGUGACUCCUGUGGUGUACCCCUGGCCGAUGGUCCUUCUGGGAUAGACCCAGCCAGGACUGGCCGAGAGGAGGUGCCUGGUUGGUGGUCACCACAGGGUUCGGGGAAACCAGAAUAAAGUGUUUCCUGCUG